CGACACAUGAUUGGUGACAUCACAAGGCUAACACACCACCAGCUAGCUAGUUAGCAAACAUUGUAAUAAUAGCUGUUACGCCUUAUUCUUUUAGUUUUGCCAUCGCAACAACCACUGGAAAUGGACAACUCUGGGAAGGAAAAGGAAGCCAUGGCUCUGAUGGCGGAGGCCGAGAAGAAGAUGAAGUCGUCAUCGUCGUUUUUGGGGGCACUUUUCGGGAGCUCAUCCAAACAGGAGGAGGCGUGUGACCUGUAUGUGAGAGCAGCUAACAUGUUCAAGAUGGCCAAGAACUGGUGCGCUGCAGGAAACGCCUUCUCUCAAGCGGCACAGCUUCACCUUCAGAUGCAGAGCAAACACGAUGCCGCCACCAACUUCAUAGACGCCGGAAACGCGUUCAAAAAAGCAGACCCACACGAGGCAAUCAACUGCCUAAGUCGAGCCAUUGAGAUAUACACAGACAUGGGGAGAUUCAAUAUUGCUGCAAAACACCACAUUGCAAUCGCAGAGAUCUUUGAGACUGAGCUGGUGGAUGUCGAUAAGGCCAUAGCUCACUAUGAACAGGCUGCCGAUUAUUACAAAGGAGAAGAAUCCACCAGCUCGGCUAACAAGUGCCUUCUCAAAGUGGCAACCUAUGCAGCUCAACUAGAGCAGUACCCCAAAGCCAUUGAGAUUUACGAACAGGUUGGGACCCAUGCAAUGGACAGCACCCUCCUCAAGUACAGCGCCAAGGACCACUUCUUCAAAGCUGCCCUCUGCCACUUCUGCGUGGACAUGCUCAACGCCAAGCUUGCAGUACAGAAGUACGAGGACAUGUUUCCUGCUUUUUCUGACUCUCGGGAGUGCAAGCUGGUGAAGAAACUUCUAGAUGCUUGUGAAGAGCAGAAUGUGGAAGCGUACACUGAUUCGGUCAAGGACUACGACACCAUCUCCAGGCUGGACCAGUGGCUCACCACGAUGCUGCUUCGGAUCAAGAAGACCAUUCAGGACGAGGAGAGUAACCUGUGCUGACUCAAACCCCCCGCCCCCCCCCCCCCCCCCCGCCAACCCCGAAACCAGCCUCUCCCCAUCCCCGUACAGAUACCUCCUCCCUGCCUUCAUCCGCCCUCUCCUCCUCCCACCCCCCUCCAAAGACCCCACUGUCCUUCUUGCUCCACGACCAGGAUCACAGACUGCUCUCCCACAACCAAGACACCUCUUGCAUUCUCCAACCCCCACCCCCACCCCCACCACCACCACCACCACCACCGCCGCCGCCGGGUUCCUGUAUUCUUACCUUGGGUUGGCUUCCUCUUCCUGUACAUGGGCUGCCCUCUAAGCCUGCCCAGCCAGUUGAGCUACUCCUCCCGCUCCCUUCCCCUGCUGUAGGAUGUUAGUUUCGAGACUUGUUUUGUCAAAGGUUCACUAGUUUUCAGAGUGCACAUACAGUACAACAACUUGUGUAUAGUGUCAUGAAAACACACCGCAUUCCGGGCCAUUACGCUAAAUAUUAACCAAUCUUAUCUUCAUCGCCAAGAAGUUCCUUCUGGUAUUGCGAGGGCAAAAGGACACAAAGUAGACUUCGAAUUGAGAAAUAUCUAUUUUUAAAUAAACAAACGACCUUUGGUGAAAGCACAUAUAAAAUAUCCCAGGCCUGAAGACUGAAAGCCCCGGUUAUAGUACCAGUGGGGAUCUGCUUCAGUCUGGUUAUUGAAUGUUUUGUGUGCCAGCCGAUGCCUUACACAGACCACAUCAUGUCUCAUGAUGUUUGCAGAUUUGAGGAAAAACCUUUGGAAGCAUAUCUAUAAAUUGAUCAUUUAUAAUUUAUCACUUUAUUAUCAAAGUUUCAUACCACAUAAUAUUAAAUGAGCAGAACUUCGAUAGGUUUGGUAUGAAUGGUUUGAACAGAUUUUUUAUUGUCUAGUCGUCCUCUAAUGUUAUGCCACGGUCAAGGCCCGUUUCUCUUGGUCAUAUUCGACCAUUGGAAGUGUGUGUUUUAGGGCCUGCACUAAAUGCAAUACGCUAGAUUCAAAGCUUUACUUAUUUGAACACUGUGGCCAUGUACAGGUAUGAAGUCAUUCUUACCAUAAUUAUUUUGUUAAUAUUCCCCAAAUAUGUGGGAAGAAUUUGUAAAUCUUUUCCUGUAAACAGUCUGAAUAAACUUUGUGUCAGAAAUGUU